AUGUUUGGGAACGAUUUGAAUGGAUUAAGAUUAACAGCCAUACGCCGAUGUAUGCGAGGUGGGAGAUCGAGUCAAGUGAAUAUUUCAGGAACAUUUCAUCCAUUCAUCAAUAGAUGGGAUGAAGUCGAACAAGAAGAAGAAUGUAAACCGAAGGUAAAGUACUCAAAUACCCAUUUUUAACUAUUGAAAAAUGUAUAGAUAUUGAAAACUAAAUUAAAUUGAUAUUAUUCCGGUAAAAUAAUAACAUUAAUAUUAUUUUACAGAACACCGGUUUGAUUAUCGUAGCCCGUAGGUAUUAUCGUAUACGUUUAGUGUUUACAUUCACUAUGGUAAUGUGGUGUGUUUCAUUAACUAUUAUCAAUAUUCAUAAAUAGUAAGCAAUAAUCUCUAUUAUAUAGUUACCCGUAUAAAAAAAAAUCGAUAUUUUGUUGGUGACGCCCUAACUUGAAAGUCCUAUGUUCUGGAAAUUACCUGGACCCUCCCCGUGACAAAUUCCUAAACACGCCACUGAUUGGUAUUACCAUUUAAUAUAAAUAUACUGUUCUACAACCAAUGGUAUUACGUUACUACAUUGAAAACGAAAAUAGUUCGCUGCUUUGAAAAAUAAAAAAUAAAAACCUUUCUACCGAGUGAGAAAUCGAUUUACAAAAUAAUAAUGUUUACAUAAUGUAAAUUUUGGAUGAAGCCGGAGAAUGUAUAUACAUAUUAUUUAUAUUAUAUUAGUUUUACAAUGACGUGUGUUUAUUAUUUUGGUUUUUUUCUGUUGAAAUGACCCGCUUCACACAGAAAGUAAAACGUAUAUUAUACAUAGGUAUGUAACUGUAUUAUUAAAAAAAGCGUUUUAAACAUCAAGCGUUCCUUGACUCCGCCCAUUAUCACUAGUAAGUCGUAAUAAUGGGACCGCAACAUUAUGUACAGUCGUAUACGCAGAAACAAUAUAAUAUAAAUUUUAAUUUAUAUUAUAGUCUAUGUGCGUGGAAACAGUGGAUUGCCAAGUGUAUAAUGCAUUUUAUUUUUCUUUGUUGUUAAGUCAUUUUUACUAUGUUUUAUAAAUAAAUAUACUAUACGUCAUAUUAUACUGACGGUGAGUGUCUAUCUCCAAAUUGCGAACCAGAACGAGACUAGAGGGAGGGGGUUGGUCCGGAUGGUCGUAGUCUAGUUUAUAGUAGAUAACCGAGGUUUUGAUGAAAAGUCGGCAAAAAUCUUGAUACGGGUAUUUUAAAGAGUCUAGACAAUAAUAUUAUUCAGGUUCUCUACUGCAGCGGUUCUCGACCUUUUUCGUAUGACGACACCUUAAUUUAGAUCCAUAAAAAUGAAGACACACUUAAAACAAUUGAUGGAAUUAAAAUAACGCACACAACUCUCACAAGUCACAAUACGGUGAUUACGACUAGGGACAUCGCUUGUUUACGUACUUACGCGUAAUGACAAUUUCCUAGUUUUUUUAAAACGUACACUAUAAAUUAUAAAGUGUAAACAAUUUUUUUUGGCGACACACAUAACAGUCAAACGCGAUAGGUUAGGUUAGGUCCUAGGUUCUAGGUAGGAGGUACGACUCCGAGAAAAAUAUACGCGUAACGUUUUAGGUUAGGAUUACGGUUAGAGAAAAUUGCUUUAAUGGGACCGAUGUUUUUUUACUGACGAGUGAAAAUUAUUAAAAUAUCGCGCGAUACGAAGUGAUUACCAUAAUAUUUUAUUCACCACUCCUGUACGACUACGUAAUAUAAACACAAUGCGGAGAUAAUUAAGUCGGAGGUUAGUGUACACGCGGCGAAGGGAGAGAACUGGUAAAGUUUUCCGGUCGUCCCCGCGGGUGCCGCGGACCCGUCUUCAUCGCCAACAAUUUCCAAACUAUCACGUUCUAUACAAUAUAUUGUACGUUAUAUUAUUAAAUAUACUUGUUGAAACUAACAGCGUGUAGACAAACACGUAAUAUUAUACGAGUGCGCUAUGCAUAUUUGAUAAUUUGAUAUUAUACAUCCCGCCAUCAUCGUAGUACAUAAUACUAUACGUAGGUAGGUCUGCGUUUCCAAACUGAUUGAUAUAAUAUUUGUGUCUAAAUUAAUAUAAUAUUAUCUAUCGAUUAUUAAACGGCAAUAUGACGUUUAUACAACCACGAAAACCACGAAUUUUUUUUACCGACAUUAAUAUAUAACCAUGAUAACCAUUAUAACCGAUGUUAACAAUUACGAAGGUUCAUGCGCGUUACGCUUUUACAUCUUUUUCUCUUUUAAGCUCGAUACAAGUUUUGAGUAGGACUACAGUUUUGACUACAUUGUCGUAUUUAUGGGACUUAAACAGAAUAUUAAUUCCCGUAUUGAUACGUUCGACGUUCGUUUGAAUCAAAACCGUUGUACACUUGAACCGAAUGGUAGGUGAAAAGUAAUAAUGUCUAGUAGAUGUGUUACAACUGUUGGUGUAUUAAUUCGUACCAAAAUUAUAUUUGAUAUUAUUUGAGUGUAGUUCCGGAAUGGUUUUACGAACUUUUUUCUGUCUUUUAUUCAUUUUUUUUUUUUAAAGUUCUCCGUUAUUUUGUGAUUAUUAAUAGUACUACAAGAUAAUCGUGGUUGACAUAGUUGUUAUGUAUAUCCAAUAUGUUAAGAUUAUAGAAGCCCUUAGAAGGGCUGUUUAUGCUAAGAAGAACAGAAGGUCUGCGAAGACGUUUGGUCGCCGCUUCGAUGUUGUUUGGAUUCGUGACAUAUUGGAUUGCUUCGCAGCUAGAUAG